AAGUAGUCCCCCUCCUUCCUUCCUCCCUCCCUCCCUCCCUCCCUCCUUCCCUCCUCGCGCGCCGCCCUCAACAGGCUCCGCCGCCGCGAUGGCGCUGAAGAGAAUCCACAAGGAAUUGAACGAUCUGGCACGUGAUCCUCCAGCACAGUGUUCAGCAGGGCCUGUUGGAGAUGAUAUGUUCCAUUGGCAAGCGACAAUAAUGGGACCAAAUGACAGUCCUUAUCAGGGUGGGGUGUUCUUCUUGACGAUUCACUUCCCAACAGAUUAUCCCUUCAAACCACCUAAGGUUGCAUUUACAACAAGAAUUUACCAUCCAAAUAUCAACAGUAAUGGCAGUAUUUGUCUUGAUAUUCUACGGUCACAGUGGUCUCCAGCAUUAACUAUUUCAAAAGUACUUUUGUCCAUCUGUUCUCUGUUGUGUGAUCCCAAUCCAGAUGAUCCCUUAGUGCCUGAGAUUGCACGGAUCUACAAAACAGAUAGAGAAAAGUACAACAGAAUAGCUCGAGAAUGGACUCAGAAGUAUGCGAUGUAAUUAAAGAAAUUAUUGGAUAACCUCUACAAAUAAAGAUAGGGGAACUCUGAAAGAGAAAGUCCUUUUGAUUUCCAUUUGACUGCUUUCUACGAGCCCACGCCUCAUCUUCCCCUGUGCACAUGUUUACCUGAUACAGCAGUGCUGCGUGUUGUACAUACUUGGAACAAUGAAAUACUGUAUUCCAUACCAACAUUGACUCCUAGCAAAGAAAUGUGUGUGAAAAGCCAGUUCUUCAAAGUCUAGUUGUGAGCAUAAAAGCAUUCCUAAAAUAUUUAAAUUGGGCAUAAACCAAAGGUAGGGGGAGGGGGCUUUCAGUGAUUGAAAAGGAGAAUUUUGUUUAAGUGGAAUCCUUUUAAACUCAUAACAGUUAUGAAAAAUGUAUGUGAAGAACUUGAAGCUGUUUCUGUAUUUUUAUUCUGAAGGACCUACUUAGGUAAAUGUAUGACCAACAAGAUCAAACUGUACCCACAUCCUGUGUUUAAAGGUCUAAGUUUAACUGGUCAGCAUUUAAAUACAUUGGAGCUAUUAGUGCAUCAAGUGACAUUGAUUUUGUUUCAGCUCCUCCUCCCCCUCCCCCCUUCCCUUCAUAAUUUUGGUUUGUAUGUGUUUUCUCAGUUAACAUAGCUAAUAGCUCUUAUUUUCUUAAGUUUUUAACUGCUUAGGUCUUUCUGGAUGUAAGGGUAAAAAUUCAUUUGACAGACUUGUGUAUAUUUAAAGACCCAAAUGCUCCUUUGGAGCUUGUACGUUCAAGAAUGAUUAAUCUGUGUAAUAAACUGAUUACUACAGUCAUUACAUAUAA